GCUCCUCCCUCCGGCUCGGGGAAGCAGGGAAGGGGAGAGGAGAAGGAGUCGGGAGACUGCACAGGCCAGAAAGUCUGCGGGGGGCGACGCGCCCCUGGCCCGUCCGGGCUCCAAGUCCCGCGUCGCCGCCCUGGCGGGGACGGUGCAGCAAGCGGCGGGAUGCGGCGGGGCGGCAGCCUGAGCGCCCCGGAUGGCCCGCGGCGGGGCGGCCUGCAAGAGCGACGCGCGGCUGCUGCUGGGGCGGGACGCGCUGCGGCCGGCGCCCGCGCUGCUGGCCCCCGCGGUGCUGCUGGGCGCCGCGCUCGGCCUCGGCCUCGGCCUCUGGCUUGGCUGCCGCGCGGGCCGCCAGCGCACGCGACACCAGAAAGACGACACUCAAAAUCUGCUCAAGAAUUUGGAGUCUAAUGCGCAGACCCCCUCGGAAACUGGCUCCCCAUCGAGGAGGAGGAAGAGAGAAGUGCAGAUGUCGAAGGACAAGGAAGCUGUUGAUGAAUGUGAGCCGCCUUCCAACAGCAAUAUCACAGCAUUCGCCCUGAAGGCCAAAGUCAUCUACCCCAUCAAUCAGAAGUUCCGGCCCCUGGCCGAUGGCUCCUCCAACCCAUCUCUGCAUGAAAACUUAAAGCAGGCUGUUUUGCCACACCAGCCAGUAGAGGCCUCUCCUUCCAGCAGCCUGGGGAGCCUGAGCCAGGGUGAGAAGGACGACUGCAGCUCCUCAUCCAGCGUCCACUCGGCCACUAGCGAUGACAGGUUUCUUAGCCGCACCUUCCUCCGGGUGAAUGCCUUCCCUGAGGUGCUGGCCUGCGAGAGUGUAGACGUCGACCUGUGUAUCUACAGCCUUCACUUAAAAGACCUGCUGCAUUUGGACACGGCACUGAGGCAGGAAAAGCAUAUGAUGUUUAUUCAGAUUUUUAAAAUAUGCCUCCUUGACCUUCUUCCUAAAAAGAAGUCAGAUGAUGAAUUAUACCAGAAGAUCCUUUCAAAACAAGAAAAUGAUUUGGAGGAACUAGAAAAGGGACUUCAGGUCAAACUGUCAAACACAGAAAUGUCGGGGGCUGGUGACUCUGAGUACAUCACCCUGGCUGAUGUGGAAAAAAAGGAGAGAGAGUACUCUGAACAGCUAAUCGAUAAUAUGGAAGCUUUCUGGAAACAGAUGGCAAACAUCCAGCACUUUCUUGUGGACCAGUUUAAGUGUUCCAGCUCCAAAGCCCGACAGCUCAUGAUGACUCUGACUGAAAGAAUGAUUGCAGCCGAAGGGCUAUUGUGCGAUUCUCAGGAGCUGCAGGCUCUGGACGCCCUGGAGAGGACGAUGGGGCGGGCACACAUGGCAAAAGUGAUUGAGUUUCUGAAGCUGCAAGUCCAGGAGGAGACCAGGUGCCGGCUGGCUGCCAUCUCCCGCGGCCUGGAGCUGCUGGCUGGUGAGGGGAAGCUGUCCGGGCGGCAGAAGGAGGAGCUGCUCACGCAGCAGCACAAGGCCUUCUGGCAGGAGGCAGAACGCUUCAGCCGGGAGUUUGUCCAGCGAGGCAAAGACCUGGUCAAGGCAUCUCUGGCUCACCAGGUGGAGGGGACGGCAAAACUCACGCUGGCCCAAGAGGAGGAACGGAGAAGCUUCCUGGCUGAGGCCCAGCCGACUGCUGACCCGGAAAAGUUUCUCAAGGCUUUUCAUGAGGUCCUGGAGAGGCAGAGGCUGAUGUGGUGUGACCUGGAGGAAGAGGAGAAUGUCAGAGCCACCGAGGCUGUGGUUGCACUCUGCCAGGAACUGUACUGCAGCACUGUGGACACUUUCCAGAAGUUCGUGGAUGCCCUGUUCCUUCAGACGCUCCCUGGCAUGACUGGCCUCCCACCAGAAGAUUGUGGCUACUUGAGACAGGAAGUCCAGGAGAAUGCUGCCUGGCAGCUGGGGAAGUCAGAUCGCUUCCGGAGGCAGCAGUGGAAACUCUUCCAGGAGCUCCUAGAGCAAGACCAGCAGGUGUGGAUGGAGGAGUGUGCGCUGUCCAGCGUGCUGCAGACACACCUGCGGGAGGACCACAAGGGCACCAUCCGUGGCGUCUUGGGCCGACUGGGCGGCCUCACUGAAGAGUCCACGCGGUGUGUCCUGCAGGGGCAUGACCUGCUGUUGCGCUCGGCCCUCCGGAGGCUGGCACUCCGCGGCAACACCCUGGCCACCCUGACGCAGAUGCGGCUGUCGGGGAAGAAGCACCUCCUGCAGGAGCUGCGGGAACAGCGUGCACUGGAGCAGGGGUCCUCCCAGUGCCUGGACGAGCAUCAGUGGCAGCUGCUCAGGGCCCUGGAAGCGCGUGUGCUGGAGGAGGCCAGCCGGCUGGAGGAGGAGGUGCAGCAGACACGGCUGCAGCUCCGGCAGCGGCUCCUGGCUGAGGCCCAGGAGGUGGGGCAGCUUCUGCAGCAGCACAUGGAGUGCGCCAUUGGGCAGGCGCUGCUGGUGCACGCACGGAAUGCGGCCACCAAGAGCCGGGCCAAGGACAGGGACGACUUCAAGAGGACACUGAUGGAGGCGGCGGUGGAGAGCGUCUACGUGACCAGCGCUGGUGUCAGCCGCCUGGUGCAGGCGUAUUACCAGCAAAUCAGAAGGAUCAUGGAGGACCACGAGGAGAGAAAACUGCAGCACCUGAAGACCCUGCAGGGUGAGAGGAUGGAAAAUUACAAACUGCGGAAAAAGCAAGAACUCAGCAACCCUUCGUCUGGCAGCAGAAUGGCAGGUGGCGCUCAUGAGACCUCCCAGGCGGUCCACCAGAGGAUGCUGUCCCAGCAGAAGAGGUUCCUGGCCCAGUUCCCGGUGCACCAGCAGAUGCGUCUGCACGCCCAACAGCAGCAGGCAGGAGUUAUGGACCUUCUGGAAGCCCAGCUGGAGACCCAGCUGCAGGAAGCUGAACAGAACUUCAUCUCUGAGCUGGCAGCCUUGGCCCGAGUGCCCCUCCCUGAAAGCAAACUGUUCCCCGCUAAGCGUGGGCUGCUGGAGAAGCCCCUAAGGACUAAAAGGAAGAAGCCCCUGCCCCGGGAAAGAGGGGACCUGGGGGUGCCCAACGAUGAGGACCUUGCCUCCGGGGACCACACCUCAGGCUCACUCAGCAGCAAAAGGCUGAGUCAGCAAGAAAGUGAAGCUGGGGACAGUGAGAACUCAAAGAAGAUGCUAAAGAGAAGAAGCAACUUGUAGUUUAAGACCAGUCGGUGGGACAGGACCUGAAGCCCUGGGUCUGGGUGUGAAUUCUGCCUUCUCUCCUGCAGUGCUGAGAGGCAGCGAGGACGGAGAGGACAGCGGCAUCUCUAGGCUCUUCUGAGAGGGACGGAGAAAGAACAGAAAUGUGCCCUGAAAGCAUAAAUGAGUACGGUGGGCGCUGUCUCCUGAGAAAAUGAGGUAUUCCCGUGUUGGAAACACGUCUCUGUGAGUUUGCAUUUCAUUUGGCUUGGAGCCAAAGAUGCCUCAUGGAUCUUUCUCCCCCAGGAGGGGUGUCUUGAGGGGUCCGAGCCUCAGGCCAAGGACCCCUGAUGCAGACUCUGGAAUCCCUGGCCCAAAGUCCUGUCCUGGCCCAUCUGGGGCUGAGGACACACAGAUACAUAAUGACACCUGCAGCAAUGUAUUCUCUGAGGGCACUUAGAAUAUGAGGAAGGGGGUGUGGCCCAACCCUCACUUCACCUGGGGAGGGGCUUCUGCCAGACAGUAGACACCCUGCCCCUGCAGAGAGAUGUCAUGGGGGCACCUGCUCUCCCAGAUGGAUGCUGACAGCAUCCAGAAACUUCCAGACCAGCCCUCUCACCACACCCAGAAGAGGCCUUUCCCAUCUGGAGAGAAGCUUCCAGACCAGCCCCACACACCACAGCUAGGAGAGGCCAUUCCAACCUGGAGAGAAACUUUCAGACCAGCCCCUCACACCGCAGCCAGGAGGGGCCUUCCCACCUGGAGAGAAACUUCCAGACCAGCCCUCUCGCCACAGCCAGGAGGGGCCGUUCCCACCUGGAGGGAAACUUCCAGACCAGCCCUCACCACAGCCAGGAGGGGCCUUUCCCACCUGGAGAGAAACUUCCAAACCAGCCCUCUCACCACUGCCAGGAGGGGCCUUUCCCACCUGGAGGGAAACUUCCAGACCAGCCCCUCACACCACAGCCAGGAGGGGCCUUUCCCACCUGGAGAGAAACUUCCAGACCAGCCCCUUAUACCACAGCCAAGAGGGGCCUUUCUCACCUGGAGAGAAAUUUCCAGACCAGCCCCUCUCACCAGAGCCAGGAAAGGCCUUUCCCACUGGGAGAGCAACUUCCAGACCAGCCCCUCUCACCACAGCCAGGAGAGGCCUUUCCCGCCUGGAGAGAAACUUCCAGACCAGCCCUCUCACUACAGCCAGGAGGGGCCUUUCCCACCUGGAGAGAAACUUCCAGACCAGCCUUCUCACCACAGCCAGGAGGGGCCGUUCCCACCCGGAGGGAAACUUCCAGACCAGCCCCUCACACCACAGCCAGGAGGGGCCUUUCCCACCUGGAGAGAAACUUCCAGACCAGCCCCUCACACCACAGCCAGGAGAGGCCUUUCCCACCUGGAGAGAAGCUUCCAGACCAGCCCCUCACACCACCGCCAGGAGAGGCCUUUCGCACUGGGAGAGAAACUUCCAGACUAGCCCCUCACACACCACAGCCAGUAGAGGCCUUUCCCACCUGGAGAGAAACUUCCAGACCAGCCCCUCACACCACAGCCAGGAGAGGCCUUUCCCACCUGGAGAGAAGCUUCCAGACCAGCCCCUCACACCACCGCCAGGAGAGGCCUUUCGCACUGGGAGAGAAACUUCCAGACUAGCCCCUCACACACCACAGCCAGUAGAGGCCUUUCCCACCUGGAGAGAAACUUCCAGACCAGCCCCUCACACCACAGCCAGGAGAGGCCUUUCCCACCUGAAGAGAAACUUCCAGACCAGCCCCUCUCACCACAGCCAGGAGAGGCCUUUCCCACCUGGAGAGAAACCUCCAGACCAGCCCCUCUCACCACAGCCAGGAGAGGCCUUUCCCACCUGGAGAGAAACUUCCAGACCAGCCCCUCACACCACAGCCAGGAGAGGCCUUUCCCACCUGGAGAGAAACUUCCAGACCAGCCCCUCACACCACAGCCAGGAGAGGCCUUUCCCACCUGGAGAGAAGCUUCCAGACCAGCCCCUCACACCACCGCCAGGAGAGGCCUUUCGCACCAGGAGAGAAGCUUCCAGACCAGCCCUUUACACCACAGCCAGGAGAGGCCGUUCUCGCCUAGAGAGAAGCUUCCAGACCAGCCCCACACACCACAGCCAGGAGAGGCCGUUCUCGCCUAGAGAGAAGCUUCCAGACCAGCCCUUCACACCACAGCCAGGAGAGGCCUUUCCCACCUGGAGAGAAACUUCCAGACCAGCCCCUCACACCACAGCCAGGAGAGGCCUUUCCCACCUGGAGAGAAACUUCCAGACCAGCCCCUCACACCACAGCCAGGAGAGGCCUUUCCCACCUGGAGAGAAGCUUCCAGACCAGCCCCUCACACCACCGCCAGGAGAGGCCUUUCGCACCAGGAGAGAAGCUUCCAGACCAGCCCUUUACACCACAGCCAGGAGAGGCCGUUCUCGCCUAGAGAGAAGCUUCCAGACCAGCGCCACACACCACAGCCAGGAGAGGCCGUUCUCGCCUAGAGAGAAGCUUCCAGACCAGCCCUUCACACCACAGCCAGGAGAGGCCUUUCCCACCUGGAGAGAAACUUCCAGACCAGCCCUUUACACCACAGCCAGGAAAGGCCAUUCCCACCUGGAGGGAAAAUUGCUCCUUUGAUGGAGGUUAGGGACUGUCACCCUCAGCACUGUGAACAUAUCGGGCGAGAUCAUUCUUCAGGGGAAGGAGCUGCCCAGAGCAUCACAGGAUGUUCCAGUGUCCCUGGCCUCUGCCCACCAGAUGCCAGCACUCCCACCAUUUGUGGCAACCAAGAAUGUCUCCAGACACUGCCCCGUGUCCCUGGGGUUAUCACCCACUGUGCUGAGUCAAAGGGUGCCUGCCCUGGUCAAAUCCAGGACAUAGCUGUGGAUAUGUCCACAAAUCCCCAGAACCCAGUGAGCCCUCUGGCUCUAGGAGCCCCUAUCUCGGGGAUUUUCUGGGCCAUUGGUGACUUUUCGUUUCUUAAAACCUGAAAUAGACUCUCUUAGGAAUAAGUGACUCCUUCCCAGAAGUGGCCAAAACUUAAUCAUCAGUGUGCUUCCUUCAGUUCCUCACCCAUCAGCCAGUGGGCUCUCCAAAGUUAACCAACAGCUCCCUCUUGUGGUUCACUAAAAAACUUCGUUAUUCCAUGGAGUUGUGCAAAGCUAUGGCUUCCUUGGUGCAAUAUUCUUAGAACCUGCUUUGCAUAGAAAUCACUUUUUUUUUUUUUUUUUUUUUUUUUUUUGAGACAGAGUCUUGCUCUCUCACCUAGGCUGGAGUGCAGUGGCGCGAUCUCGGCUCACGGCAAUCUCCACCUCCCGGGUUCAAGCGAUUUUCCUGCCUCAGCCUCCCCAGUAGCUGGGACUACAGAUGUGUGCCACCACACCCGGCUAAAUGUUUUUUUUAUUUUAUUUUAGUAGAGAUGCAGUUUCACCAUACUGGCCAGGCUGCUCUUGAACUCCUGACCUCAUGAUCCGCCCACCUCGGCCUCCCCAAAGUGCUGACUGAGAUUAGGCAUGAGCCACCACGCCCGGACAUAAAUCACUUUUAUAUUGUCACAUGGGCCCUCUGCACAGAGCCCAAUGGCUCCUCCCGGGGAAGCCUGAUUUUGUGACGUGUGUAUAGUAAAUGCAGGCCCUCCGGCAGCACCACAAUUGGUCGGUUACCCUGAUCCCAGAGCUCUGAAAGCAUCUGUGGAAUGAUCAUGGGACCCUUCUCCUCUCAGAAGGCUCCCGGCUGCCUCCCCGCCACCGAGCUUGUAGCCUGACUGCCUGGCUAUUGCAUGGAGCAUUUUGCUUCUGGGGUGUCUUCCUUAGCCGAAGGGAAUGUGUCAUUUGCUGCUCGACCCUGGCCCACCCUUGCCGCCCAGCUGUUGUGCUGGGCACAGUCUGGGGCACAGGCCUCCAUGAUGAAGACAUGUGGGCUGUCGGUGGUUUCGUCCGUCACAAACUGGCACCUGUACCUGCCAGCAGGAGCCUGAUGAGGACUUCCAUGCUGGAAUUGCUCCCUGAUUAAAAUGAGAUAUGGCUAUUUGGAAGACACUGCAUUUUAGCCAGUGUACCUGGGCACAGACUCGGGGCCGCCCUGAAGCUGAUGAAGGCUUGAAGGACAGAAGGGCUGAGCCACAUGAAGGCAACACUCAGGGCCAGGGGAGAGAGAAGAGGAUGAGCAGUGCAGCCCCAGGACGCCUCGCAGUUCUCAGAAGAACUGCUUGUUAAAGAGCCUAGCACCUCUGCCUUCUUCCUCUGUCUUCGUCUGUUGCCAUGUGAUCUCUGCACACGCUAGCUCUCCUUCGCCUUCUGCCAUGCUGGAAGUAGCCUGAGGCCCUCACCAGAAGCAGAUGCUGGCACCAUGCUGCUUGUACAGCCUGCAGAGCCGUGAGCCAGGUGCUCCGGGAACGGCUUGCGCGGAAUGAAGCGGCCCAUGCCUUUGUUGACGUUGAUGUUUCCGUCUUCAAAGACGAUCUUGCCCUGGCUGAUGACCACUAGUGGGGAGCCGUGGCACUCCAUACCCUCGAAGAUGUUGUACUCCACCGCCUGCACCAACAGCCUCAGCGUUACUUCCCAGGGUUUGCUCUGCUCCAACCGAGCUGUUCAUAACAGCGAUUUUGCCUAACAUUAUAUCAUAAGCAUGUUCCAAUGUUUUUUUUUCUCUCUCUAAAAAUACCUUUUAUUGACUGUGUAAUAUUCCACUGUAUGGUCCACAGUGUAUAUAACCAACAACUCACCAUUGGGCAUGUAGGCUGCUGGUGGCUUUCUAUAAUCAAAUCAAUAUUGUUCUGGGGCAUCACGAACAGGAAGGGGGUCCCCCUGGGGUUAUGCAAUGUGGCUGCUUUGACUAUACUGAACAUAAAAAUAAAUAAAAUGUUCUUUAUUUUAUUUAAAA